GUGGAGAAGAUUGUACGGGAAGUCACUGUAGUCCAUCAGAUAUCGUCCCGAAUGUCGUGGCCGAAUUGAACCAGCUCUGAUUCCUCGCGAAUGUGAUAUACUUUGCCAUUGAUGUCUUGAUAUUUUACCGUUCGAUGACCACACCUUACUUAGUCGACAUUCUAUCUAUGAAUUAACUAUAAGCCAGUUUCCGUAAGAAAUAGAGGGGAUCAUGUAGAUGUAAAUAUAACUGUAUAAAUACAAAGGAGGUAUGCAUCGCACUUUCCCCUUCAGUUGACACGAGGUUACCGUUACAUAGACGUCCACAGGCAGAUCUUCGUGAUGUCGCAGGAAGAAGGCAAAAAUCGUAACAAGGUCUAUAAAGUCGUGUUAACGGGAGGGCCAUGUGGAGGGAAAACCACCGGCCAGGCCAGACUUAGCUCCUUUUUUGAGAGCAUGAACUGGAAGGUCUAUCGAUUACCAGAAACAGCUUAUAUAUUCCUUAGUGGUGGUGUUAAAUUUACAAGUCUCUCCAAAGAUGAUGCAUACCGACUCCAAAGGAAUCUCAUAAAAACCAUGAUGCAGAUUGAGGACACAUUUUUUGAUCUGGCCAACACCUGUGAACAGAACUGUCUGCUUAUCUGUGAUCGAGGCCUCAUGGAUGCCUCAGCUUAUUUGGAUCCAAAUGAUUGGGAGAGGAUGAAGACUGAAAACGGUUGGCACUCGGUUCAGCUGCGAGACAACCGGUAUAACCAGAUCAUACACAUGGUGUCGGCAGCCAAUGGCGCGGAGCCUUUCUACACACUGGAUGGCCAUAACACGCGGCAUGAAGGCCUGGACACUGCACGCAAACUCGAUGAAAUUACCGCAGCAGCUUGGGUAGGUCACCCAUACUAUGAUGUCAUAGACAACAGCACAGGCUUUGAAGAGAAAGUCAACAGAAUGAUCUCAACAGUGUGUAGCAGGCUGGGUAUAGAAGUCAAUGACAGAUUGAGCUCAGAAAGUAAGAAAAGAAAAUUCCUGGUCAAGUCUCUGGCUCCAGAAGAGGCAUUCCCUGGCUUCCAAGACUUCGAUGUACAGCAUUACUAUCUGUCCAGUCCCAGCAGAAAAACACAGGCCAGGAUCCGAAGAAGGGGCCAAAAUGGUAACUGGACCUACACCCACACCAUGAGAAGACAAGUCCAGGACUCAAUGGUGGAAAUAAGGAUGUCUAUAUCAGAGAAAGACUUCAAUAUUCUGUAUGAACAAAAAGACUCCAAAAGACACCCAAUCUAUAAAAAGAGGCGGUGUUUCCUGUGGAACAAUCAAUAUUUUCACCUUGACAUUUACAAGGAACCAAGUCCAGAAAGGUGCAAAGGUUUGAUUUUGUUGGAGACGUACACUGCUCUGAAAGGAGAUGAUCUCCCUUUACCUGAUUUUCUAGAGAUUGAGCGAGAAGUUACGGGUUUAACGGAAUACUCCAUGUACAAUUUGUCUCUUAAAGAAUGACAUGCUAGCCCUCAUAGAACUUAUUAUAGAAUUUUUUUGUGCCCAAGUCGUAGAAUUGAAAUUAGCCGGUGCCUAUGUGUAUUUUUCUGUCCGGCCUUGUGUGUUGUUCUGUGUCAUACAUGUGUUCACUAGGAAGUGUAUUCUGGUUCCUACAUAUCUUGGCUGGUGGACCCUUCUGUAGAAGAGACACCCCCCAACAGAUGUCUCAGUAAAAUUCUCCCAUUGUAUUUUGUACUUUGUAUCUAGGACAUGGGUUUUUAUUUUUUCAAUGUAUGUUUUUACAUCCUGUAGUUUUAGUUACUGAAGCUUGUUGCUCAUAGUUAUCUCACCAGAACUUAACACAACUUAUUGUAAUCCAGAUUCUUCCAUGGGUAAUGUGAUCCCUGUAGAUAUCUUAUAACAUCUACACAAGAUGGUUGAUAUAAGUGGUGUUUCUAACUCCCCCUACCCCCAUCCUCAAUAUUUCUUCAAUGUAAAAUCCUACAAAAUGUUUUGCACUGCAAAAUUCAAGGCAUCAAAAACCAUAUCUUUGAGAUUAGAUACUUUGUGUAUUGAAAACCAAAGCUCAUCACCAACUCCCAUAUGAACUUGCAUUUAUUUCUGUAACAAUCGUUGUACAGUAACGUUCAUUGCUCUAAUGGAAAUGCAUUUAGCAAUUGUAGGUAUGAAUGAAACAAGUUUAUCAAUGGACUAGAUGUUAUCUACAACUCAUUGAAAGUAAUAUGAAAUACAGUAAAUAAUUAUAUGGAGCCAGCUAUUUGGUAGAUGGCCAACAGGAAAUAAGAAAUGCAUUGAACAAAUGAUACACGUACAAGUAAACACAUCAUAUACAUGUAUUUCAGAUGUUAAACUGGAUGAUAAGGAAAUUAUUACAUGCUUUCUUAUGUAUUUUUGGGAGCUGAUUUUAAUUAACUCUCCUAUGCAGUUACUCUGACAAACCGAAAGUGAAACAGUGUUUGGACCUAAGCACAAAUCAUCACCGCUGACCAGACUUGAUUUUAAAUAGUACAAACAAUUUAGAUAUUUUUUGUAGUCGUAUGUAUUCCUACGCCAGAGUUCCAUUUAGUCUCGUUCAACCAUACGCUCGGCUGGAUCCGUAAAUCUCCGACAAACGGAGAGUCUUUCUUGGUAGUCGGAGAUCAACGGAGAGAGCCGAGCGUCUGGUAGAACGAGACUAGAGUUCAAUAUUGCUUGGAUCCAGACAUGUGUACUAUUUUUAGAAAUAUUUCGAUUACUGAUACAUAGUUUGAUGGAAUUAACACAUGAUUCAUAUGGAGUUUUCUCGAAAUUCUUGUCAGAAAAGUUAGAGAAUUCAUAUUCUAAAAAUGUGCGGAAUAAAAAUACAGUUAAGAAACUAAUUGCCACGCAAAAUAACAUAUCGUUGAUUUUAAAAUUAAUAAUGAUUGAUAAAAUCAACUCCCGUCAGUACUUCAGUACUUUGAUUUAAAGAUAAAAACAUAACUUCAAUGUCUGUCAUAAAUCAAUAAUUGACAUAAAUGAUGUACCCUGAGGGGAAGAAAUUAACCUAAUGUGAUCCCAAAGUUUCUCAUUGCAUUCAAACAAUGUGUAGUCAGAAGCCAAAGUAACUUAACAGAAUCUCAGAAAUAUCAUGUUCUUGAAAUUUAAUUGUAACAAUCAAUGUCAGCUCAAGGUAAAUGAAACCAACAUUCCAGAAAUUGCUUCUGUUUUUUGCAUGUACUGUUGCUGUGAAAUGCAGGGUCUGUGAGUGAAAAGGGUUUGCAUGAAUUUGUUUAUACUGAAUUAAUUAAGUGAUGUUAGGUUGCUGACUUUUAAGAAUCUCAAAAUUUUAAUAGCAGAUACAUUGUAUUUAAUAAAUAACUGUAUCUGUGAGACGGAAUUUAAUUUGAGGACUUAACUUGAUUAAUGGACUUGUAAGUUUAGUCUUUUUAAAUUAAGUCGUUAAAGUUCUUUUAUGGUCAAAAUUUUAUGAAAUUUUGGUUACAAUUUGCUUGAUGAUUUUUUUACUACUCGAAUACAGAUAAAUUAAUUGGUUACAAACCUGUAUGUCAUUUCGGAUUAUUUUAGAUUUUGAUGACAAUGAAGUGAAAUUUUUUUCACUUUUUUUUUCAAGAAUAUACCGGUAAUGACAGCAUUUUCAAUACUCUGACUUAUUCUUUUGUAAGUUUUCUCUAGUCAAAGUAAUAUGCAUGUAGUUCCAGUGGUAAAAACAUUGCUAAUCAUGAACUGAUUUGACAAGGAGUUAUAAAUAUUCUUCUCUUUUUACGUUUUUUUUUCUAGAACAUGAUGGUGCCAAACAUUGUUUUCCAUCAGUAGCAAAUGCAAAUAUUUUCUAUGUAGAAUUAUUUUCAUUUUAUUGAAAAAUAUUUAAACUUGCAUUUCAUUUGCAUUUCAUUGCAUGACUUUGUGAAUUUUUUUUGUUGAGUUUACAUUAUUUCUUUGCUUUUUAUUUUUGUUGAAAAAGCAUGGUAUAUGGGUAUAUUUUGGAGGUAACUUUGCAUUUUCAAAUGAAUAUGUCAAAAAUCUUAAUUGUAUUCUCAUAUAUUUUUAAAAAAAAUGAAAUAUUAACUUGGAACCAAUUGUAUAAUAUCAAAUAUAUUUCUAAUAAUGUUUUCAUUAUUUUUGUCUGAACAAAAGAAUGUGAUUUUAUUUUAACAAUAUCUUGAUUUAGGCAGCAGUGCUAUUGUGUAGGCUAUGCAUUAUUAUUCUGGUGUGUUGUUAGCUUUGUAUACAUGAGGGUAAGGCAUUUCUAUUGUAAUUUUUUUUUUAAAGUCUGUAAAUGACUUAUUCAUUCACUGUGCAUAAUUUCUAUGCACAGACCUUUGGUAAUCUCGUUGGACAAGGAAAUGUUUCAUUGAUACUUUUUUUGGACUGGUUUCCAAGGAUACGGGGCAUUAUCUCUGUUUCAAACUGGCAACACAUCUCCCCUGACCAGCAGAUUUGGACAGACUGUUGUACACCUAUACUUAUUGUAAAAACACAUACUGCUAUUUCAUUGUUGUGUUAUGUAAUUAUUUUUUCUAAGAUUCCGAACCUGCUCGUUGUUGCUUUAAUUUAGCUGAAAAUGUUUUUGUUUAUAUGAAUCUGUUUUCUUCAAUAAGGUUGAGUAGAAUUUUGAAUUAACAAACUAUCUGCUGUUCAACUUGUUCUCUAUUUUUAUCUCUCUGAUUGUUCACACCUCUGAUUAAUGCACCCUCUCAUUGUCAUUGUUAAGUCUCGAUAUAUGUAUCACCCAUUAAAGAAUCGGACAGACCUUUAUUAUAUCAUUAGGACAACCCUCUGUUUAACAUGAUAACUCUGUGUAAUUACAAGCACGUCUAUAAAUAGACACACCCCCUCACCUCUCGAUGUGCCUGGUACUCACUUCCGUGUAGAAACUUCCUGUUUUUUUAUAGACAGGAAUUGCGCUGCCCCCGUUCCUCCUUCCGUUUACAAUAAUCAAGAAAUCCUGAUCUGUUCUCGGUGUUUCUGAUGAUUAUUUUUUUUCCUGUUGCUGUUGUGAUCAAACUUAUCUCAAUUCAUCAUGUCGUAACUCAAAUAUUGCGUGACAAGUUUGCAGAAAUAAAACUGUUCAUCAUCGACCAUGUAUUUUGUCUUUUUAAAGUCUUGCAGUAUGUUUAUACAUUAAUUAAUCCAUCUAUGUAUGCAUCUUGUUUAUUUCUUUAAACCUAUCUAGUAGAAAAUAAAGUGUUUGCUGUUA